CUCUGUUCUUCAGUCUGCUCUCACUCUGCAGAUCGAGCGUCUCUGGACUGAGCUGCAGGAAACACUCUUCAGACAAACCUCAGGUAACAAGACCACAUAACCAUGGCAAACUCCUUCACCCGUAUGAUGUCUGGCCGUCACACGGCAGUGAUUCUGGCCAGCAUAGGAGCUGGCACACUGGCAUCUGGAUACCUUCUCAGUGACCACAUUGUUGCUGCUGCUGAGAGGACGAGGCUCUAUCCACCCAGUGCAGAUUACCCUGACCUGAGGAAGCACAACAACUGCAUGGCAGCUGCCCUGACCCCAACCAUUUAUGGGCACCUGAGGGACAAGAAAACCCCCAAUGACUGGACCCUGGACCAAUGCAUCCAGACCGGGGUGGACAACCCUGGACACCCCUUCAUCAAGACUGUGGGCAUGGUAGCAGGAGAUGAGGAGAGCUACGAGGUGUUUGCUGAGCUCUUUGACCCUGUUAUCAAGGACAGACACAAUGGCUACGACCCUCGCACGAUGAAGCACCCCACUGACCUGGAUGCUUCCAAGGUUACACACGCACAUUGUCUUAAGUCUUUUGUUCUCUGCAUCACAUGGUCUGGUUCAUUUGAUUUUACUCCUUCAUACAGUGACCAAACGCUUUCUCCUCGACAGGUCACCUCGGGAAUGUUUGAUGAGCGCUACGUGCUGUCAUCUCGAGUCCGUACCGGUCGUAGCAUCCGUGGACUGAGUCUCCCCCCGGCGUGCUCGCGCUCUGAGCGCCGCGAGGUGGAGCGCGUGGCUGUGACAGCUCUGUCCGGCCUGAAGGGAGACCUGAGCGGUCGCUACUACAGCCUGGGGGAGAUGUCUGACAGAGAGCAGCAACAGCUGAUUGAUGAUCACCUCCUGUUUGAUAAACCUGUGUCACCUCUGCUCACGGCGGCUGGGAUGGCCAGAGAUUGGCCUGAUGCUCGUGGGAUCUGGCACAACAACGAGAAGAACUUCUUAAUCUGGAUCAACGAGGAGGACCACACAAGGAUCAUAUCCAUGGAGAAAGGAGGAAACAUGAAGAGAGUGUUUGAACGGUUCUGUAGAGGUCUUAAACAGGUGGAGCAUCUAAUUCAGGAGAGAGGCUGGGAGUUCAUGUGGAAUGACCAUCUGGGCUACGUCCUCACCUGCCCCUCUAACCUCGGGACUGGGCUCAGGGCCGGUGUGCAUAUCCGCCUGCCCAUCCUCAGCAGGGACCCUCGCUUUAAAAGGAUCCUGGAUAACCUGAGGCUACAGAAGAGAGGCACGGGAGGCGUCGACACGGCUGCUACGGGAGACACUGUCGACAUCUCCAACCUCGACCGUCUGGGCAAGUCAGAGGUCGAACUGGUACAACUAGUGAUUGACGGCAUUAACUACCUAAUUGAGUGUGAGAAGAGGCUGGAGAAGGGGCAGGACAUCAAGAUCCCCUCCCCCAUUCUUCAGUUCAGGAAGUGAGGGUCCCCUCAGCUGGGAAUCCUGGAAUAGUGUAGGCGCUCCAACCGCUGUUCAUUAAACUGUUGGUCCUACAAGAUAUUCACGGCAUGUAUAGCGUUGUACUUACUUACAUGCGCAAUUAAUGAAUUACAUGUACAAAUAUUCUAAACACAAUAAACUCUAUUGAUGAACUGA